CAGUCCCUCUCCCUUGCAAAGGCACACAUCGAUGAGUGCAUAGAGACACAUGAACGUUGCCAGAAAGCCGCCGAUCAGGAUCCUCUUCUUCCCACGCGCCUAAUCGACUGCAUCGACCCCGGUUCCCCACGCCUGGUCGCAACGGAGGGCAAACGCAGUAGCUACCUCGUACUCAGCUACGUUUGGGGCGAGGCGCAACCCCACCGCACGACCACGACCAACAUCUCUACCUACACCAAUGGCAUCGACCCCUCUGUCCUCCCGCAGACCAUUCGGGACGCGAUCCGCGUUACGCACGGACUUGGCUUCCGGUACCUCUGGGCGGACAGCCUUUGCAUUAUCCAGGAUUCCGACGAGGACAAGCGGAACGAAAUCGGGCGCAUGCAUCGCAUCUACCGCUCCGCACACUUAACCAUCAUUGCCGCCAGCGCC